UAGAUGUGGGCUUAAGCUGCCACUACAGCUCAUACGGAGAGAGAGAGAGAGAGGAGAGAGAAGAGGAGAGAGAGUGACGGAAGGGAAGAAGUGGGAAAAAUCGAGAGCUAUCUCAUCACAAGGCUCGGAGAGAGAGAGAGAGGUGGGCGUGACGGGAGGGAAGAAGAGGGAGAAGAGCUUAUAUCAUCACAAAGCUCGAAGAGAGAGAGAGAGAGAGAGAGAGAGAGGGAGAGCGAGUACUGGAAUUGAUAGCCGCCACGCUCGCCUCUCGCGCUUAUCUUCUCAAACCCGCGGAGUUAAAAUAAUGAGGGAAGACUGAGGCAGGCGGAGCUGCUGAACCCGAGAUCUGGGCAGGGGUCGGCGGCGGUCAUGGAUUUCGACGACCACGAUGAGACAGAGGAAGAGAUGGGCUUGCCGGUGGGUUCGAGCUACGAGACCCCCAUGCCUAAUUCGCCUCGAGGAGGGGGAGGAGCUAGGAUGGGAGGCGGAGAGGGGGAAGCGGGUGGGCUCGGGUCCGGGAACCGGAAGGUGGGCGGCGGCGCAGGAGGAGGAAGGUACAGGGAGUGCUUAAAGAACCACGCGGUGGGGAUCGGGGGACACGCGGUGGACGGCUGCGGUGAGUUCUUGGCGGCGGGGGAGGACGGCACGCUCGACGCGCUACGGUGCGCCGCAUGCAGCUGCCACCGCAAUUUCCACCGGAAGGAAGCGGAGGGCGGCGAGGGAGGAAGAGGUGGAGGGGGAGCGCUGGAGGUAGCCGGGUACCACCACCAGUUCUCCCCGUUCUACCGGACGGCGGCGGGGUACCUACACCAUCACCAACCGCCGCACCAACCCCACAUGGCGGCCGUGCCAGUCGCGGCGGCGGCUGGGCAGCAGCACAGGCUGCUGCCGCUCGCGCUGCCGUCGACGUCCGGCGGCGGAGGGGGGGGAUGGCACAGCCGGGACGACCAGGACGACGUGUCCAACCCGAUGAUGGGAAGCGGCGGGGGCGGAGGAGGGUAUGCGGCGGGCGGCGGGAUGGGGGCAUCGGGUUCGGGGAGCCACAGGAAGCGGUUCCGGACCAAGUUCACGCAGGACCAGAAGGACAAGAUGUUGGUGUUCGCGGAGCGGGUUGGGUGGCGGAUCCAGAAGCAAGACGAGGCGGCGGUGCAGCAGUUCUGCGACGAGACGUGCGUCAAGCGCCAUGUGCUCAAGGUCUGGAUGCACAACAACAAGCACACCCUGGGUAAGAAACCCUAGCCAGCCUCCAUGCACCACCGCCACCGCCAUUUGCCGCUUGUUCUCCACUUCAUCUGAGUUCGGCUCCGUUCCUCCUCCCCCCCUUCUCUCGUUGGCUCCUCCUUUCGUUGGUCUUUGUUAUAUUUGGUUUAGUAGCUCUUCCUUUCCUCUUUAUCCUUUUCCCUGCCCGUCUCAGUUUACAUUUUUCCAUGGUUGUAGUUGUAGUCCUUUUCUUGCUUAGCAAUAGUGGAAUUAUGGCUGUUGGAUA